AUGUAAAGCCUAUGGUGAAUUUCCAUGGCAACAUUUCAACCCCGGCCCUCACCGGGCAGUCUCAGCGCAACUGCUAAAGAGAAUCCAAUACGAUUCCUGCCUCAACUCCCUGAAAAGAGAGCUAAACCAGUAUGGUCUAAGUCAACACCCCCUUUCAAAACAGAUGGAGUCUUGUUCGAUAUCACCCCUCAUCCUCCCGGGGGCUCCCCUCCUGAUGAUGCAUUUAGACGGAAGAAGUUUGAGAAUCAGAGAAAGAGGUCGGAACAAGGUCAGAAUGAUGCAUCUGCCAGACGUACUGCCGCCUUUCAAAAACCAAAGAAAGAUAGAGAGAACUUCCGACAGGCGCUUAUUAACAUCCUCAUGCAAAGUGAGAGCGAUAUGACUCUUCCUCCUGAUGACAUUGUCCUGCCCGGUGAACUUGACGGUCCUUCCUCGCAGGAGAAAGAUAUUCUUAGGUACUACUACUACAUACAAAAUGGAAUAGACACAGAACAUGUUGCUCCGAUGGAGGACAUCUGGCUGGACAACGUUCUGAGUCUGGUUCCCAACAAACUGAAGGACGGACUAGCAGACUACAUCGAGCUGUUAUCUGACGAAAUGAGGGAGGACUAUCUUCUAAGUGUCAAGAAAGCUAUUGUGGACUUUGUGUUGAGAGAUCCCCGGGAAAAGGAAGACGCAGAGGAUAAAAAUCUUACACCCAUCAUGAAAGAGCUGAGAGUUGUCCCUAAACCAUGGGCGAAAUCGUUCAUAGCAGCUAAGGGAUCCAUGCAAAAGAUUCUGUACAUAACGAAUCCCACCAUGUGCUCUGUCCUUGACUCCUGGAACCACAGUUUCGGUGGUUUUCGACUGAUAGAAGUCGAGGAGAUCCUGAUGAGGACAGAGAGUUUCGAACUGAACAACUUCCAAAGCCUUUGCAUGAGACACGUUGAGGCAGCUAAAGACACUUUGCUAAAGAAAUGGUUCCCUGAGGUACAGAACAUAUUCUACCAAGGGAACAAGAGCAAGCAGAUCACCCACACCCACCUCGAUGCCUUCUUCAACUCUGUGGGAGUGUUGAUGACUUCACAGCUCAGGUCUCUUUGUAUGGACUCCAUCUUGGAUUACCAGCAGCUUUAUUGCCCUCCUCCAGAUGUAGUUAGAAAGAGUGACUUCCAAGGAUUCAUAGUCCGGCUUGUGCUAGAAGGUGUGGAGAUUAAGUUUGAGCCUUCCCUUGCUGAUUUUGAAACAGUUCUGCUGAAUGUGUUCGACGUGUUUAUCAAGGCUGUCAGCAUGGUUCCUCGUGUCGAGACUAAACUUUACCCUGUAGAGGGAGCCAGAUCAAAAGCGACACUAAAACCUGUGAUUGCUGAAAACCACAUCGUAGCGAUGAAGGAGUCUGUUCAGAAGGUUAUUCAGACAGAAUUUGUCCCGGCACAAGAACAUACCAAAGUGUUCGAGAAGUACAGAUUUCUUAUCAACAAAGAGGGAGAUAAGUUUGUUGAGGAGUUCCUUUCGGAGGACCAACAGUUCGACGACAUGAAAGCUGAAGUUGUAAGGUUCAAGGAGUUAGCCGACGACAUUGUCUACAAUUCCCGCAAAGUUAUCCGACUGGGAAUGUUUGAGCUGCAUUGCGAUGAGUUGGUCAGGGCAUUGUCCAAGAGGGCUGACAGUCUCUGUGCUAAAAUCCUCAUCAAAAUGUCCAAAACUAACAUGGAUCUCAACAAAGGCUUGUGCGAGGAAUACGAAGCGAUUGCUAGUAAAGCUCUGGCUACCCCUGCUAAUACCGAGCAGCUCAUGGACUUAAAGAAUUACAUCAUAAACGUUCGAGAAGAGCGAAUAUUUGGGCUUGAAGAACGUAUUAUCCAAGCAAAGAAACGUCUAGAAUUUUUAGUUGACUACACUUCAAUGAGUCCUGCCGAGAUGAGGCUGAAUUCUGAGGCGUUUAACUGGCACAGCCGUAUGCCUCCUAUAUUUGAGGAGCACGAUGAAAUCAUCAACGCCAGCAAACGACAAGCUGAAAAUGCUCUCAAGCUACGAAGAGAAAGGUUUGUGGAGGAACUCGAAGGAUAUCACAAACAGUUGGAAGAGUUCGAAACCUUUGGAGAUGUUGCUGAGGUUAACAGGUACCUCAAAAAAGCCCAGACCCUCACCACCCGGCUUGAAGCUGCUCAAGAAAAGAUUGAACAGUUCAACCUGGAAGAGGAAGCCUUCGAAUGGGAGACCACUAAGUAUCCUCUUCGUAAGAAGGUCAUGGACGUCCUUACACCAUACCACAAACUAUACGAGACGACUGUCGAGUUUCAAACUAAAUACAAGGAUUGGAUGGAUGGUUCAUUUGACGGAAUAGAUCCAGACGAUGUUGAUGCGGAAGUUGGUAACUACUGGAGGACUCUGUACAAACUAGAGAAGACCUUUGCAAACCAGGCCAACCCUGAGAACAUGGCCUUAAAAGACAAAGGCGUGGCCGGUAAAAAUAUUGCUGCCAAGAUGAAAGGAAAGGUAACUGACUUCAAGGAGAACCUUCCGCUGAUCCAAUGCAUCUGUAACAAGGGUAUGCGGGAUCGUCAUUGGGAGCAAAUGUCCAAGAUAGUAGAGUUCAGCAUCAAACCUGACAAUGACACCACUUUGAGAAAGAUGAUAGACCUGAAUCUGGAACCAUAUUUGGAGAAGUUUGAAGGUAUCAGUGAAGCUGCAACCAAAGAGUUCGGUCUGGAGAAGGCUAUGGCUAAGAUGGUGGAGGAAUGGACCGAUCCGUCAAAAGGAAGUAGCCCAACGCCACCAGGCCUAGAGGAAACGGGAGAAGGCGAAGAGGGAGCGACUCAAAGCACAGGGAUGGAGUUCAUGAUACUGCCUUAUCGUGAAACUGGAACGUACAUCCUGUCUUCUGUUGAUGAUGUUCAGAACAUUCUAGACGAUCAGAUCGUCAAAACUCAAACUAUGCGGGGCUCACCUUUCAUCAAACCUUUCGAAGGCGAGAUCAGGGAUUGGGAGGAAAAGCUGAUAAUGCUACAGGAGAUCAUAGACGAGUGGCUGAAAGUCCAGGCUACAUGGCUCUACUUGGAGCCUAUCUUCUCCUCUCCUGACAUCAUGGCACAAAUGCCCGAAGAAGGAAGGCGAUUUAACGCUGUGGAUAAGAACUGGAGAGAUAUCAUGAAAGCAGUGACACAAGACCGGCACGUGCUGGCUGUACUGGAGAUAGACAAGAUAUUGGAUAGGCUGAAGAAGAGUAACGAGCUCUUAGAGUUGAUCUUGAAGGGUCUUAAUGAGUAUCUGGAAAAGAAGAGGCUCUAUUUCCCUCGAUUCUUCUUCUUGUCUAACGAUGAGUUGCUAGAAAUCUUAUCAGAGACCAAAGACCCUACAAGAGUACAACCACAUUUGAAGAAGUGUUUCGAGGGCAUCGCCACUUUAAAGUUCACCGACAUAAUGGAUAUCACCCAUAUGAACAGUUCGGAGGGUGAAAACGUUCCCCUGCUGGAGACUAUAUCAACUGCAAAAGCUCGUGGAGCUGUUGAAAAGUGGCUUUUAGAGCUAGAGGGUAUCAUGCUCCGAUCCAUUCGCGAGGUGAUUAUCAAGUCAAAGGAUGAGUACACAAAGACGAGACGUAUAGAUUGGGUACGAGCGCAUACUGGUCAAGCAGUCCUGUGUGUUUCACAGCUCUACUGGACGGAAUACGUGACUCAAGCCAUCACCACCAGUCCUGAAGCUCUCUACGAGUACUACGAGCUCAACAACAAACAGAUCGAUGAUAUUGUGGAGCUGGUCCGAGGAAAGCUGAACAUGCAGAACCGUGUGACUCUCGGAGCUCUGGUUGUACUUGAUGUCCACGCUAGGGACGUGCUUAAAGAUUUGUGUGAAAAAGGAAUGUCGGGGGCGAACGAUUUCCAAUGGCUGAGUCAGCUGCGUUAUUACUGGGAGGAGGAGAACAUGACUACCCGGAUGAUAAACGCUGAGUUGAAGUAUGGGUACGAAUACCUGGGUAACUCUGGCCGACUCGUCAUCACCCCUCUCACUGAUCGUUGCUACAGAACGCUGUUCAGUGCCUUGAACUUGUUUUUGGGAGGUGCCCCUGAGGGACCAGCCGGAACAGGUAAAACAGAAACCACCAAAGAUUUGGCAAAAGCAGUGGCCAAACAGUGCGUUGUGUUCAACUGUUCCGACGGUUUAGAUUAUCUUGCCCUUGGAAAGUUCUUCAAGGGUCUCGCUUCUUGUGGUGCCUGGUCUUGCUUCGACGAGUUUAACCGUAUCGACUUGGAGGUGUUGUCAGUGGUCGCUCAACAGAUUCUAACUAUUCAAGCAGCUAUUGGUAGUGGAGCGGAAACGUUCGUGUUUGAGGGAACAGAACUGAACAUCAACCCCUCCUGUGCAGUGUUUAUCACAAUGAACCCCGGUUACGCUGGUCGCUCUGAUUUGCCCGACAAUCUCAAGGCUCUUUUCCGGACAGUGGCAAUGAUGGUGCCGGAUUAUGCUAUGAUCGCCGAGAUCAUGCUUUACUCAUCUGGGUUCGUCAACGCCCGUCCACUUUCCGUCAAGAUUGUCGCAACCUACACGCUUUGUUCCGAGCAGCUGUCUUCGCAAGCGCAUUACGAUUAUGGUAUGAGGGCUGUCAAGUCUGUACUGACUGCAGCUGCUAAUCUGAAACUCAAAUACCCUGAUGCGGAUGAAGCUAUUCUCAUGUUGCGGUCCAUUAACGAUGUUAACCUGCCAAAGUUCUUGGGACACGAUCUGCCUCUAUUUGCGGGUAUCACAUCAGAUCUCUUCCCUGGAAUCACUCUACCUGAACCGGACUACGGUAUCUUGACUGAGGCUAUUGAGAAGAACUGUAAAGAAAUGAACCUCCAGAUGACCAAGUCUUUCUUAGACAAAAUACUGCAGGUAUACGAGAUGAUGUUGGUGAGGCACGGUUUCAUGAUAGUUGGUGAGCCGUUUGGUGGUAAAACCUCGUCUUACAGAGUCCUCGCUAAGGCACUCGGUGAUAUUGCUGAGAAGGGUCUGAUGGAAGAAAACGUUGUCCAAAUAACGGUCAUCAAUCCUAAAUCUAUAACCAUGGGUGAGUUGUAUGGUUCCUUCGAUCCUGUCUCCCACGAGUGGUCAGAUGGUAUCUUGGCUGUUUCCUACCGAAACUUCGCUUCAUCUACGACCCCUGAUCGAAAAUGGCUAAUAUUUGACGGACCAGUAGAUGCUAUCUGGAUUGAGAACAUGAACACAGUACUGGAUGAUAACAAGAAGUUGUGUUUGAUGAGUGGUGAGAUUAUCCAGCUUGCCAACACCACUAACUUGAUAUUCGAGCCCAUGGAUCUCGCUGUCGCUUCGCCAGCUACGGUGUCUCGAUGCGGUAUGGUCUACAUGGAACCUCACCUCCUCGGCUGGGAACCAAUCCUCGAAUCUUGGCUGAACACCCUGCCAGAAACUAUCGUAGAUGAAAACAAGACUUUACUGAAGGACCUGUUUACAAGAUAUUGCCCGUGCCUCCUAAACUUUGUAAGAAAGGGAGGCUUUUCUGAGAACUCUCCGACAAGUGAUGCUAAUCUUGUCAACAGCUGUAUGAACCUGAUCGACUGUCAGCUGAGUAUUAUUGCAGAUCCAACUCAGAUCGCCAGUGUGAAGCCUGAGCAGAUAGCAACAUGGAUUGAGUGUUACUUCAUGUUUGCGUGCACCUGGUCUCUGGGUGCUUCUCUCGACUCAAAGGGCAGAAAACACUUCAACUCUCUGUUCAGAGAGCUCAUGGCGAACGGACUUUCUCUUGAGAGUAAGCGACGAUAUAAGAUCCUUAUCAUGGUGGACGCUCCAACUAAACAACAUGCUACACCUGUUCCUGAGGACGGCUCUGUCUUCGAGUAUCAAUUUGUCAGCGAGGGUAAUGGUAGCUGGGUGCCAUGGGCCGACUCUCUCAAAGGAUUACCUCCAAUUGCUUCAGACGCAGAGUUUAAUCAAAUUAUUGUGCCUACUCUGAACACGAUACGAUACACGACUCUCAUGAAAAUGUUCCUGGACCAUGGCAAACCUUGUCUCUUUGUUGGACCUACUGGAACAGGAAAAUCCGUCUACAUCUCGGAUUAUUUGUUGACCCAAGUGGAUCAGACCAAAUUUAAGCCGGUUGUCAUCAACUUCUCAGCUCAAACGACAGCUAAGCAGACACAGGAUAUUAUUAUGGGCAAACUGGACAAGCGACGUAAAGGAGUAUUCGGACCUCCAUUCGGUCAAAAAAUGGUAAUAUACGUGGACGAUCUGAACAUGCCCUUGUUAGAGACGUACGGUGCACAACCGCCUAUUGAAUUACUCCGACAGUGGCUAGAUCAUUGGACUUGGUACGAUCUCAAAGAUUGCACCUCCAUCAAACUUGUCGACACUAUAUUCAUCGGAUCUAUGGGUCCUGCAGGAGGUGGUAGAAACAAGAUUUCACCAAGAUUCCUCAGACAUCUUAACUUGGUGUCAAUCAACGAGUUUGACGAUACCACUAUGUCUACAAUCUACAACUCAAUUGUAACCUGGCAUUUGGGCAUCAAGGCCUUCCCACCUGAGUUCAACACGCUUGGACAAUCUGUGGUCAACGCCACUUUGCAGGUCUACAAAGGAGCCAUCAAGAACCUGCUCCCAACCCCAGAGAAAAGUCACUACCUAUUCAAUCUCCGAGAUUUCUCCAGGGUAAUCCAGGGAUGUUGUCUUUCCAACACCACCUCCAUCGAGGACACUGAUGCCUUCAGACGUCUGUGGGUCCACGAAGUGUUCAGGGUGUUCUACGACAGGUUAGUAGCUGACUCCGACAGGGAUUGGUUGUUUACCUUCACAAAGGAGGUCACUCAGCGGUGCUUGCAGCGAGAUUUUGACGUUCUGUUCUCCUCCCUCGCUGAAGACGGUAAGCCUGUCGUGGAAGACAACCUCAGGUCUCUGAUGUUCUGCGAUUUCUCCAAUCCUAAAGCAGAGUUCCCUAAACCCUAUCUUGAGGUGAAGAACAUUGAGAAACUCAGGAUCUUGGUGGAGAGUCAGCUCGAGGAAUUCAAUAACAUGAGCAAGAAACCCAUGGAUCUUGUUAUGUUCAGGUUCGCUAUCGAGCACGUGUCCCGUAUAUCACGUAUUUUGAAGCAGCCCCGAUCUCAUGCUCUAUUGGUCGGUGUUGGUGGUUCUGGCAGACAAUCCUUAACUAGACUUGCUGCUUACAUGGCCGACUAUGUCCUAUUCCAGGUGGAAAUAGGUAAAGGUUACACAUCAUUCGAGUGGAGGGAAGAUUUGAAGAGGAUUCUGAGGAAGAGCGCUGAAAGUGAAACACAUUCCUGUUUCCUCUUCACUGACACGCAGAUCAAAGAAGAGAGCUUCCUUGAAGACAUCAACAACUUGCUAAACGCUGGCGAAGUUCCAAAUGUCUUCCCCCAGGACGAAAAGCAAGAAAUCCAAGAUGCUAUGCGAAAGAUCGACAAGACAAGAGACAAGUCCAAGCAGACAGACGGAACACCCCUGGGUCUCUUCAACAUGUUCAUUGAUAGAGUUCGAGAUCAACUUCACAUCGUGCUCGCCAUGAGUCCUAUUGGAGGAGCCUUCAGAACUAGACUAAGGAAGUUCCCUUCACUUGUCAAUUGUUGUACUAUCGAUUGGUUCCAAGCGUGGCCCGAAGACGCCUUGGAGAUCGUGGCUCAGAGAUUCUUGGAGGACGUCGAACUUUCAAAUGAGCACAGGAAUGGAGUGGUUGAAAUUUGUAAAAACUUCCACGAAAGUACCAGAAUGUUAUCCGAUAGGUUUGUCAAUGAGUUGAAUCGUCACAACUAUGUAACCCCAACGUCGUAUCUGGAACUUAUUUACACUUACAAGAACUUGCUUGGUAAAUGUCGUGACAAGGUAGCGUACCAGAAGAAGAGGUACACUGUCGGUUUGGAGAAGCUCGAUUCUGCCAGGUCUCAGGUAUCUCAGAUGCAAGGCGACCUCCAAGCUUUACAGCCUCAACUUGUGGUGGCGAGUAAAGAAGUCGACGAAAUCAUGAUCGUUAUUGAAAGAGACUCCAUCGAAGUAGCAAAAACCGAGAAGAUUGUCAAGGCAGAAGAAGUGGUGGCAAAUGAGCAAGCUGCCGUCGCUAAAGGAAUAAAAGACGAGUGUGAUGCUGAUUUGGCAGAAGCUAUCCCGAUUUUGGAAGCAGCCCUGUCAGCUCUUAACACCCUGACUCCCUCUGACAUCACCAUUGUCAAGAGUAUGAAGUCACCGCCGCCUGGUGUGAGACUUGUCAUGGAAGCUAUCUGCAUUCUCAAGGGAAUCAAACCAGAGAGAGUCAACGAUCCAGCAACUGGUAAAAAGAUGGAUGAUUACUGGAAGCCAUCUCAGAAAGUGCUCGGAGAUAUGAAGUUCCUGCAGAGCUUGCGAGAAUACGAUAAGGACAAUGUAUCGCCUCCAAUCAUCAAAAAGAUCAGGAAUACCUACAUUCCCAACCCUGACUUUGUACCCGAUAAGAUCAGACAGGCUUCAAAUGCUGCAGAGGGCUUGUGUAAGUGGGUGUGUGCUAUUGAAGCUUACGACAGGGUGGCUAAGGUUGUUGCACCAAAGAAAGCUGCUCUUGCCAUUGCCGAGAGUAAGUUUGCUGAGGCUCAGAAAUCACUGAACGCUAAACGUGCCAUGCUGAAGGACGUCCAGGACAAGCUACAGAGUUUAAGAGACAAAUUUGAAGAGAACACUAAAAAGAAGGAGGAUCUAGAGGUCCAAGUAGACAUGUGUACCAAGAAAUUAAAUCGUGCUGAAAAACUUAUCGGCGGUUUGGGAGGUGAGCAGGAUCGUUGGCAGACAGCUGCAAAGGUACUGGCUGCACAGUACAUCAAUCUGACUGGUGAUGUUCUGGUGUCUUCCGGUGUUGUCGCUUACCUUGGAGCUUUUACUUCUGUUUACAGAGAGGUUCAGGUUCAAGAAUGGUUGGAAUCGUGCAAGAAAAUCAACCUACCGUGUGGUGAUGAUUUCUCCGUUAUCAACACACUUGGAGAUCCUGUACAGAUCCGAUCUUGGAACAUAUUUGCUCUACCAACUGAUAACUUCUCAGUGGAAAAUGCAAUCGUCAUCACAAAUUCACGACGGUGGCCACUCAUGAUCGAUCCUCAAGGUCAAGCCAACAAGUGGAUCAAGAAUAUGGAGAAGGCAUCAAACCUCCACACCAUCAAACUUUCAGAUUCUGACUAUGUCAGAACUCUUGAGAACUGCAUCCAAUUCGGUACCCCGGUUCUGCUAGAAGAUGUUGGUGAAGAACUGGAUCCACUUCUGGAACCCAUUUUACUAAAGCAGACCUUCAAACAAGGAGGUGCUAUCUGCAUCAGACUUGGCGAUGCCACCAUAGAGUACUCAAAGGACUUCAGGUUUUACGUUACUACAAAACUAAGGAAUCCUCAUUACCUCCCAGAGACUUCAGUUAAAGUCACUCUUCUCAACUUCAUGAUCACUCCUGAAGGUUUGGAAGAUCAGCUGCUGGGUAUUGUGGUAGCAAGAGAGAAGCCGGAGCUCGAGGAAGAGAGAAACGAGCUGAUCGUUCAAUCGGCAAACAACCAGAAACAGCUGAAAGAAAUUGAGGACAAGAUCUUGGAGGUGUUGUCCAGUUCUGAGGGAAACAUCCUUGAGGAUGAAACUGCCAUCCAAGUUCUGAGUUCGUCUAAAGUGCUGUCUAAUGAGAUAUCUGAAAAGCAAGAAAUUGCUGCUGAGACCGAGAAAAAGAUCAACGAGACUCGUCAAGAGUACCUACCAAUCGCCAUCCACUCUUCGGUACUAUUCUUCACCAUCUCAGACCUGGCAGCGAUAGACCCCAUGUACCAGUACUCCCUUCCCUGGUACAUUAACUUGUUUAUUAACGCUAUCGACAACUCGGAGCCUAACGAUGACAUUGCAAAACGUUUGGUGAUCUUGACUGAUUACUUUACUGAGCUGCUCUACAGAAACAUCUGCAGAUCUCUCUUUGAGAAGGACAAGCUGCUCUUCUCCUUCCUUAUGUGCUGCAACAUCAUGAAGAACAAAGGAAACAUGAAUGACGAAGAAUGGAGGUUCCUCCUGACUGGAGGUGUUGGACUGGACAAUCCUCACAAGAAACCUUAUUCUUGGAUGCCUAUCAAGGCUUGGGACGAGAUUACUCGACUUUCUGAUAUCAAGGCAUUUGAUGGGUUGCGACAACAUGUAGCAGCACACGAAGAAGGAUGGAAGAAGCUGUACGAUAGUUCCGACCCUAUGGAAGUGCCACUUCCCGACAAAUGGGAGGACCAUCUGUCAGAGUUCCAGAAGAUGGUCCUUGGAAGAUGUCUCCGACCCGAUAAGAUAACUCCCUUCGUUCAGAGUUUCGUUAAGAAUAACCUAGGACAGGUGUACGUUGAGCCUCCACCGUUUGAUCUUCCCGGAUCGUACAAUGAUUCCACUAAUGUAACACCACUCAUCUUUGUGUUGUCCCCCGGUGCGGAUCCUCUGGUGGCUCUGAUGAAGUUUGCGGAAGAUCAAGGUUUUGGAGGAUCAAAAAUGGCAUCACUCUCACUGGGUCAAGGUCAAGGACCUAUUGCUGUGAAAAUGUUGGAGAAUGCUGUCAAACAAGGAACAUGGGUGGUCCUACAGAACUGCCAUUUAUCUGUCUCGUGGAUGCCAACGCUUGAGAAAAUUACUUCCGAUCUUCUUCCCGAUAGCACUCAUUCUGAUUUCAGGUUGUGGUUAACAAGUUAUCCAUCACCUCAUUUCCCCGUGCCAAUCCUACAAAACGGUGUUAAGAUGACCAACGAACCUCCUAAAGGUCUCAAGAUGAAUCUGGUCCGAUCUUACUUGGCUGAUCCGAUAUGUGAUACUGAGUUCUUCACCUCUUGCAAGCAACCCCAAGCGUUCAGGAAGCUAUUGUUCGGACUGUGUUUCUUCCAUGCCACCGUUCAAGAGAGGAGACAAUUUGGUCCAUUAGGAUGGAAUAUUCCAUAUGAGUUCAACGAAACUGAUCUUCGUAUCAGUGUCCAGCAGCUUAGCAUGUUCCUCAACCAAUACGAGGAACUGCCUGUCGAUGCCAUCAGCUACCUAACUGGCGAGUGUAACUACGGCGGCAGAGUAACGGACAGUCACGACAGACGUGUCAUCAUCGGAAUCCUGGAGAAGUUUUACAACCAUGAGAUUGUAAACGAUCCUGACUACAAGUUCUCUGAAAGUGGCAAAUAUUAUGCCCCCAAGGAUGGCGACUAUGAUUCGUAUCUGGAGUACAUCAAGAGUUUGCCAAUUCUGACCAAACCGGAAGUGUUCAACAUGCACUCCAACGCAGAUAUCACCAAGGAUCAGAAGGAAACAAAUCAGCUAUUCGAUAGCAUUUUGCUAACUGAAGGAACUGGUGGAGGAGGUGGUGGAGGUGUUGACAAGGAUGAAAUGUUGUGCGAGGUUUCUGGUGGAAUCAUAGCUAAACUACCCAAAAACUUUGACACGGAGGCAGCGUUACGAAAAUACCCGACAGCCUACAAACAGAGCAUGAACACUGUGCUAGUCCAAGAGAUGGGAAGGUUUAACGUCCUUACAGAGUGUGUCAGAUCUUCUCUGAUUAACUUACAAAAAGCCAUCAAGGGAUUGGUGGUGAUGUCACAAGAGCUCGAGGAGGUGGCUUCUGCUGUUAUGAACGGUAAAAUUCCCGAACUGUGGAUGGGAAAAUCUUACCCCUCCCUAAAACCUAUGGGAUCGUAUGUCAACGAUCUGAUACAACGUCUUACGUUCCUACAAGACUGGUAUGAUGAUGGCGUUCCUAAUGUCUUUUGGGUUUCUGGCUUCUACUUCACCCAAGCUUUCAUCACUGGUGUGAAACAGAACUUUGCGAGAAAGUACACCAUACCCAUUGAUACCCUCGCAUUUGACUAUGACGUUAUGGCUGAAGAUUGCGACACUUCAAAACCUCCUGAUGACGGUGCGUACGUGAAUGGUCUCUUUGUGGAUGGUGCCCGCUGGGACAGAGCCAAAAACGUUUUCGCGGAGUCGACUCCAAAGGUGCUGUUCGACACGAUGCCGAUGAUCCAAAUGAAGCCGAUGAAAAAACUGGAUAUCCCCGAUCGCCCGAUAUACUGGUGUCCUGUGUAUAAGACGAGCGAGAGGCGAGGAGUGUUAUCAACCACGGGUCAUUCCACCAACUUCGUUAUCGAUAUGAGGAUCAGCUCGGACAUGCCUGAAAUGCAUUGGGUGUUGAGAGGACUGGCUCUGUUGUGCCAGCUUGAUGAUUAAUAACCUUUCAUAAUAGGACUUCUAUUCAUUAAAAUCAGUGAUGGCCGGUUGUAUAUUUGUUGAGUUUUGUAAAUAUCAUUUAAAAAGUCUCGCAUGCGUGUACAUAAAACUCGUUCUAUAGUUUUUAUCUAAAUGAUUCGGAUUGAAAACUUUCAACCCAUUAGUUGUUAGUACAAAAGUUUUUCUGCGCCAAUAAAUUAACAAUUUGUGAUCGACAGGCCUUAAAUCUUAAUGCCCUCCAAGAUUCAUUGUGAUCUUUUGUUCGGAAGAUCGCUUGGUGCGAUUGAUUUGACCCUUAGAAUCAGAACUAAAAAGAUCACAUUUCUUGCAGUUUGCAGUUUGCAAUACUAAUUUAUAUCCUACUUAUGAACACAACUUUUAACAAAAUGGUUUGCUUGUGACUUUGAUGCUAAACAUCGCUACAUGGACAUGUCACAUGAUACUCAGAUUUCUAUGAGAGAUAAUAGCUAACCACAGAUCACUUAAAGAUUUCGAUUUUAUGUUAAAUUUAGAGUAAGUAAAUCGCUAACUUUUUGGUGCAAGUAUGAAAAUUCUAUGUAUAAAUGCAUGUCUGAGGCGGAAUUGAAAAGAUUUCAACGGAUUUAUAUAAAUACGAUUAAGAUUUGUUAUGAGUUAACAACUUUAUCAUUGUGAUUUCUAA